GCAAUGCGUCACUUCCGCUGUGUGAGAAGAUGGCGGCUCCCGCUGGCCGCGUGGGUCUGGCUGGGUUCCUGGGGUUCACUCCCGGGGCGCGAGGCGGGAGGAAGUCCGAGACCGGGAGGAAGCGGGUCAACCGCAACAAGAAGAAGAACUGGUCCCGGCACAGCGACAUCCGGGAUGUGGAGGAAUUCCUGGACGAUGUCCGCCUGCAGGAGAGAACGGCGGGGGGGAUGCUCUCAGAGAAGGCAGAUGACCAUUUAUUCUUCGUAGACACUGGUGACAAGAAGAAAGAUGUAGCUGCCAAGAAAAAGGUUAAACCUCUCCGAAUAGACCUUAUCCUUCAGCCAGACUCCAAAGUUCCUGCACCCAAAGACAUCUCCUCACAUCAGGUUCCCAAUGGGCGCAAGUUAAAGAGGAAGCUGGAACGAGAGGAGAAGUUGGCAGCACAAGGUGUCUUGCCCAGAUCAGAGAGGCUCCUCCAGGCACAGCUGAGGAAUAAGAGGCCCCGCUGCAAACCAGAGGCCAAUAACAAUCCUGGCAGAGGCUUUUAUGAUCUCUGGGAAGAUGAUUCAUUAGAACCUUCCCCUGGAGAACCAGAGACCUGGCACCGUCUGCAGACCAAGAAAGGCCAAGUGAAGCGUCCCAGCAGACUGAAUGUCAAACCUUCACAGCUGCCAGCCAUCGAGGUCCUGAAUCCUGGCGCCUCCUACAACCCAACGUUUGAGUCACAUCAGUCUCUGCUCCUCCAGGCUCACGAGAAUGAAGUGAAGAGGUUGAGACAAGAGGAAAAGCUGGAGCGACAGGUGAAACUCCCAUCAGCGGCUGAAGUUGCUACACAGGAGAGCCAAUUUCAGGAACUGUGCGAGGGACUCGUGGAGUCGGACGAUGACGCCACGCCUGACGAUGGUGAAGGUGAAGAGCUGGGAACUACCCCAAUGGCACAAAGGGAGAAGAAGACAGAGCGACAGAGGAAGAAGGAGAAAGAGGCCAGGAUUUUGAAAGUCAAGAUGAAGGCAGAGAAAUCCCUGAAGAAACAUGGUCAGGAAUUAUUCCAGCUGCGCUCAAUCCGUGCCGAGAUAUCGCAGCAGCAGGCGGAGUUUGAGCGCCGCAAGGAAAAAAGGGAGGAGGAAAAGAAGGCGGCUGCCUUUAAGCCAAAGCGACUUGGCCGUCUGAAGUAUCAGGAGGGUGAUGUAGAUGUGCUCCUGAGUGAUGAACUGCCUGGGACGCUGCGCAAUUUGAAGCCGGAAGGUAGCAUUGCAAAAGACCGCUUCAAGAGUUUCCAGAAAAGAAAUCUUAUUGAGCCUCGGGAGAGAGCAAAGUUCAAGAGAAAGCUGAAGGUGAAAUACGUGGAGAAACGAGCUUUUCGCGAAGUCGUGUUAUAAUCCUUCUCAGGAUUGCCGCUGUCCCUUCUUCCAGUCUGUGGCCCCUACCUUGGGGCUGUUGUAGCUGAUUAUCAAGAUCUAAAAUGCUCCGGGGCUGAUAAUGGUGAACAAUGUGUAAAGAAAGACCAGCGUUGGAUUUUGUCACCGGCCUGGUGCAUCCGCUAUCGAUCUGUUGGAGACUGAAUAUUAAUCUGAUUUUCCACAAUACAAAGAUGCUGUUUUCAGGCAUGAGAUGUACUGACUGCUUUAUAAAAGCCGUUGUGGAUGUUUUCUGUGAUUAUGUAACUGGUAAAGAUGUCACUGAUAUUCUUA